AUGUCGGCAGCUGCUGUAGGUGUGGAAAAUAGAUGUUUAAUGAAAAACAAGAAAAGUAGAAAUAAUGCAUGUGAUUUCAUAAAUGUAGACAUAAAUUAUAUUAUAAAAGAUAUAUAUGGUUUCAAACAUGGAAGAAAAAGAACUGUUCAAUUUAUUAAUGAUGAAAAUAUUAUAAACUCAGAAGACAUAAAAAAAAUAAUUAAAAAAAUAAAGAUUAAGGAUAAUUCAAAUAGCGAAAUGGAGAAGCAUGAAGCAUUUCAACAGGGAGAAAAACAAAAAUAUUUUUUAACUCAACAUCCACAGGAUGGUACAAAGGACAGAGCAGAUAAUGGCUGCGAUGGUGUAAGCAAUGGUAGAAGCAAUGGUAGAAGCAAUGGUAGAAGCAAUGGUAUGAACACUAGUAGAGACAGUGGUACAGGGAGUGAUAUAGGCAGUGAUAGCAGCGAUGUUAGCGGUGAUGAUGGUAGCAGUGGUAACAAUAACAUAAUUGGAAAUGAUAAGAGUAAUUGUAGUAUAAAUCAUAACAAUAAUGAUGAUAGUAAUAGUAAUGAUAGCAGCAAUAGGUGCAUUACUAGUAUUGGUAGUAUCGGUAGUAUCGGUAGUAUUGGUAGUAUCGGUAGUAUUGGUAGUAUUGGUAGUAUCGGUAGUAGUGGAAAUAGUGGAAAUAGUGGCAAUAGUGGCGGUAGUGGUAGUAGUGGUAGUAGUGGUAGUAGUGGCAGUAGGACUAGUGAGCGAAGCGCUGAGUACUUCCAGUGCUUCGAAAAUAAUAAUAUAUUAAAAAACUCUAAUUAUAAUAAGAUAGGAUGUAGUGGAUCCCCUCCAGAAAUACUACUUGAAAAAGAAGAGAAAACAAAAAUAUUGAGAAAGCAAUUUGAAUUAUGUAUAGACAAUAUUUUAGAAAUAAUAUGUUCAUGUAAUGAAAUUAAUGAAGCGAAAAAAAGUAUGGUACCAUUACUUAGUGAAUUUAUACAAAAUAAUUUUAUUUGUUUAGAUGAUUAUGAAAAAAAUCAAGAUAUUAUUAAACUAAAUAUUGACACAUUACAAAAAGAAAAGAAAGUAUUAAUAAGUGCAGUAAAGAUGCAAUAUCAAAAAAUUUUAAAAUUACAAAAAUUAACAGAUAGUCAAAAAAAUGAACUAAAAAAGAAAAGUGAUGAAUUAAAUCAAAUAAAAGCAAAAGUUCAUCAGUAUUUUUAUGAUAUUAAUAACCCGAAUAAAAGAGUUUUUUCCAUUCUCUCGCCAGAUGUGUAUUAA